AUGAAAGAAUGGAUUAAGCAAAGAAAUGAGGAUCCCACUGGGCGAAUGGACAGGGAAGCAGUGAAGAAGGCCCACACCACUCUGCACAGUGAGACCAAGACUGGUGUCAAACUCAAGGGUCCCAAGAGGGAGUUCGUACUCCUGGAACAUUGGGACCCCAAGCUGGACGGUGAGCUGGACGAAGCACACAUAGUGGAAGAAACUUGGCAAGGGAAGAAGGUGAAAGGAAUCUGGAGGGCCAAAGGACGUGCCGGUGUGCUGGAAGCUUCCGGGUAUGAAGACACCAGUUUGGCUGAGCGCACUGAGGAGCACAGUGGAUCCGGCCCUUUCGCUGAGCAAGCUUUAGUGACCAAAAAAACUGCGUUGCAGAAGGUGUUUGCGGAUGCCGACGAAGAGAGGCAAAAGCACACAGUGGCCGCAGGCCCUGCAUCACAGGCAGGCGAUGUUCUGGCAACUUUGCAGAAAAUGCUGCCAAACUUGAAACUUGCUGGUGGUGGGCAGGCCCUGAGCGCAGACCCAGAAGCAGAUGAGGCUAGCCCUUCUGCACUUGUUGACUUGCACAAGGACGAGGACGAAGAUGAAGCAGAAGAAGAGGAGGAGGUUUGCCCAGCAGCUCGCCUAGCUGCAACGGUUGGAGGGCCCAAGGCCGCCAAAGCUAAACCGAAGGCAAACCCAAAGGCAACUGCAAAAGCAGCUUCCAGGCCCAGUGUGACAGCUACGCCCAAAGCAGCAGAGGGCCGCAGGCCGGGAGAACAGAGCAACAGUAGUGCUCGCCCAAAAGCAGCUGCCGCCAAGGCCACAGAGGAACCGCAGAAGCGGGUGGCCGCUACUGAGACCCUCCAGCUCGACGGUCGCGGAAAGCGAUUGAAAGAAAACCUCGCAGAGAUGUGCCAGAAGUUGGAGGACACACUGGAGGCAAAUCACUUGGAAGUCAACUACAGCUUGCAGCACGCUGAUGCAAAGUUGGUGUAUUCAAAGAAAACAAAGGCUUUGAAUUCCUUACUGAAUACUGCAACUAAGCAGAUCAAGAAGAUUGAGGACAGCGUCAACAAGCACGGCUUGGUUGAAGAGCUGGAGCGGUUCCAAAGCCUUCAGGAUGUCAUCCAGAAGCUCUUGGACUUGUUCACCAGGCUGAACAUAGCCAGCCCAGUUGCCGAUGAACUGGCAGAAGCAGUCGAGGCAUGUAAAUCCUCGCCCUUUAACAUCGUGCUUGGCCCAGAGGUGUGGCAGAAGUUGCUCAGCACAAAGUGCUCCCAGUGCUGUUUGUACCAAGACUUCAGUGCUUACUGCAAGCUGUUCCGUUCGUCUGAGGAUGAGGUGAAGGAGCUGCGAAUCCGGAUGUCUCAGCAAGACUUGGCUCAGCUUGUCGACCUGGAAGUGGAGCAAGCGCUGGCCAACAUGCUCCGCAACUUUCCUUCUCAGGAUGUUCAGAAAAAGGAAAGCGACUAUCGCUGUCAAGUGGUUACUUUUUGCGAGGCCAUUGUGGCAGAGCAAGGCCACCCGGAUUCUGAGCUUUCAGGCCCAUGUGCGAAGGUUGCAAGUAUGGUGGUAGACCUGAUGUCUCUUGGAGACGUUGUUGCUUUGCAGCGUGGCGCAGAGAAGUUGAAGGAACUAGGGGCAGAUGAGCGCCCGGGAUCUGUUGUUGCUUUCUUCACCAAACACAAAGUAGGACAGAGCUUGACCCAGGCUUCAGCCGAAGUCAUGGUGGAGGGCGCUGCCCGUGUGAAUGUGGAGCAAGCUUUGCAAGAGGCUUCUGCUGCUUUGCAAGUUGUCAAGGAGAAGAGUGUCGCUGGAGAAGAAGAACUGUCCGGCGUUGUCGCGGUCUUUUUUGAGAAGAAGCGGCUCGUUCAGAAGGAGAUUGUUGACAUGAAGAAGCAAGGCACGCACAUGCAGAAAGCAACCACGAGGGCCGCGCAAGAGCUGGAGAACAUCAGCCAAUAG